UCUUUGGAUGUUAAGUAGUUUACGUUAACAUUGUUGCUGUGUGUACAGUUGAAGUGUUUGUUGUUUACAAGAAGUGUUGUCAAUUUUAAAGCAUAAUUGAGUUAUUGUUGGCAAUUAAUCUCAUUAUCCUUGAGUGAAUCUUUGCACAUUUGAAGCGUCUUUUCCUUCGGCCUUUACAUAGCCUACUCAGUUGACCAAAAUGGAAGAUAUAUUUCAGUGGUGCAGAGAAGGUAACGCUAUGCAGGUUCGUGUGUGGCUUGACGACACCGAACAUGACAUGAAUCAAGGAGAUGACCAUGGCUUUAGUCCACUGCACUGGUCAUCCAAGGAAGGGCACUUGAAAAUAGUUGACCUACUGAUACUGCGUGGAGCUCGUAUUAAUGCAACCAAUCGAGGAGAUGACACUCCUUUACACUUAGCUGCUGCACAUGGUCAUCGCGAUAUAGUUCAAUUGUUAUUACGAAAUAAUGCAGAUGUGAACUUCACAAAUGAACAUGGAAAUACUCCUUUACAUUAUGCAUGUUUUUGGGGUUACCAAGAAAUUGCACAAGAUCUAGUUCAGCGUGGUGCUCUUGUUUCAUUGGCAAACAAGGAUGGUGAUACUCCACUCGACAAGGCUCGUGGAUCCUUAGCAAAACGUCUCCAUGAUUUGGCCGUGGAAAAUAACCAAGACCUCAAGAAGAUAAAUUUCAAAGAUCAAAGCUGGCUUGGACUGAAGACAAGAAGUAGAGAUGCUACUCUAUCUCGUCACAAGGGCAUCAAUAUUGCAGACUUGGCACUGCAUACAAAAAUAGCAACUUCACCAUCUGGAGAGACUUGGCGUGGCCGCUGGCAGAAGAAUGAAAUUGUGGCAAAAAUUCUAGCUAUUCGAGAAUGUACAUCUCGAAUCUCGAGAGAUUUCAAUGAAGAGUUUCCAAAAUUACGGAUAUUCUCCCAUCCAAAUGUACUACCAGUAGUUGGUUGUUGCAAUUCCCCACCAAACUUGGUUGUUAUUAGUCAGUAUAUGCCUUGGGGAUCCCUGUAUACACUUCUUCAUGAAGGUACUGGUAUAGUAGUGGAUACAGCACAAGCAAUUCGAUUUGCCUUGGAUGUUGCACGAGGAAUGGCAUUUCUGCACAGCUUGGAACGUAUUAUCCCUCAGUACCAUCUGAAUAGUCGUCAUGUUAUGAUAGAUGAUGAUCUGACUGCACGAAUUAAUAUGGGUGAUGCGAAGUUCUCAUUUCAAGAGAAGGGUAGAGUUUACUACCCAGCUUGGAUGUCUCCUGAAGCACUGCAGAAGAAACCAAGUGAAAGAAACUGGGAGGCUUGUGAUAUGUGGAGCUAUGCAAUUUUACUGUGGGAGUUAGCAACCCGGGAAGUGCCAUUUGCGGAUUACUCACCAAUGGAAGUGGGUAUGAAGAUUGCUUUGGAAGGUUUACGGAUCAGUAUCCCACCAGGGAUUUCAUCACAUCUAGCUAAAUUGAUUAGAAUAUGUAUGAAUGAAGAUCCAGGGAAGAGGCCAACCUUUGAUAUGGUUUUGCCUAUUCUUGAUAAAAUGAAACGAUAAUUGGCACAUCGUCUGUUUUACAGCACAUGUUCAAGUGUACACCCUAUUCAGAAUUACUUUGUGAACAGUGGCAGAUUCUUUUCUGUCUCAGUCAUUGUUGCUGGGUUGUGCUGAUAAGGCAUAGCAUCUAACAUACAUUGACGACAACCAUGUUAGCAAAAAUUGUGUCACAAAAUUACUUUAGUUACUCAAGAAGACAAUACAAAAUUAUAGCAUAGCUCCAGGUAACAUAAUAUUCACCAAAUUUGGAAGUGGAUAUGCAGUUGUGACACGAAAGUUUUGAUAGCAGUGUUCAUAUACAGCUGCAAUGCAGAUGACUUUUAUUUUGCAGCAGUUCUAUUGUAACAAGGUGCCACAGUAUAUCACAAAGAAAUUUUGAGUAGGACUGAAUAGCUGUGGGCUGAUACACACAAUAUUGUGUGUGUGUGUGUGUGUGUGUGUGUACACGGGGGG